AUGCCGUUACAGGACUCCGAACAUUCAAACUUUAAUGGCGAAUCGAGCACGGAUCUUGUUGUCGGUGUAACCAGCGAACAGGGUCUGGCCGUCGGCGGACCAGGCGAGAGAGACACACUCGGGGUCACGGCUCUUCUUGCCCUUCUCGACGUACUCGGGCUUGAGCUCAUCAACCUUGCUCUUCUUCUCGAGGUCGAAGAUGGUGAUGGAGCUGCUGGUGGCAGCGCACAGCCAGUAGCGGUUGGGGGAGAAGACGAGAGCGUGGAUCUCAUCGCCGGCGUGGAGGGAGUAGAGGUGCUUGGACUCGUUCAGAUCCCAGAGCAUGGUGGUGCCGUCCUUGCCACCGGAGGCGCAGAGGGAUCCAUCGGGGAGAUGGUGACAGUGUUGAUGUAG